CUCGCGCGACUACCCGGCUGAACGGUCAAACCCCUGGGCGAUUCAGUCUCUCGUUGCGGGUCUUCGUGCUCUUGCACGUAGUCCCGGAUCGCGUCGCGGUCGUGUACCGCGGUAGUGCUGUAACACGCACGACAGGACAACGGUCUGUUGGGCCAGCCACGAAUCCAUUUUUACGGAUCGUGUAUCGCACUGGUCAACGGGCCGAGGCGCAGUACGAGACAGCCAACGUCUGUCUCGACGACCUCGCUUCAGAUCGGCAUGAGGAAUCGUCGGGCUCCAAAGCUUUCCUAUCCGACGUCGGCGUGAUGGCGCAGUGACCGGCGAGCUCGCCUACCUCACCGCGCCAUACGAAGCAGUUCAGAUAUCUUGCAAUGCAAUUCAACGCAUCUACCGUCCUCGCCUUCCUCUUCGCCGCCAGUUCUGUGGCCGGCCAGGUCUACAAUCCCAUCGGUCAGCCCUGCGGCCCUCCUCAGGGCGGGGAAGGUUGUGCGAACGACGUACCGAGCCUCAACGGCGGUAACGCGUUCAUCUACGAGUGCGGCCCUACCAACACGUUUGUGUAUCUUGCCGGUUGCGCGUGCUCGACGUGCUGCGAGGCUACCGUCGACGGAGCGUAUUGCACCUGAGAAAUGAAGGAAAGCUGAUCAUCGCGGGUGCCAGUCACUCAGAUCGCCAUUGUUUCACGGAGAUAUCAUUGUAUUAGAUUGCGUAACAGAAUCGACGCCCACGCCGCCCGCAGUGGAAGUUGUCGAUGCAAGCCGGGCACGUUA